AUGGCUUUUUCUCACCUAAUGUCCUCCUUAGCUCCAACAAACAUCGUACUAGAAUCACUUUUCUUAGAAGAAACUUACUCUAAUGUAUCCUCGAAUCAAGUGGGUUUAAAUUUUGACAUAACUCCAACUAUUAUAAUACAGUUAAAUACUUUUACAUAUAAGGAAACUAAAGAUGAUGCUCUAUGGCCUGAAUUGGAUGCACCAACAUUCCAUUAUAAUGGUCCUUUUUAUACUAAGUCUCUGACAUUUGUAUUUGAUAAUAUAAUUAAACUAAAGGCUGGUGGUGUAUCAACAAUUAUAUUUGAAGUGUUAUUGGGAAGUUCGGAUAAUGGAACAAGUAUGAUUGAAUUCCUUGAUAAAAUGAAACCUCUUAAAAAUCAUGGAUUCAUGUUUUGCCUUCACCUUUACAAGAACUUUCCUUUAGGUAAACCCGUUGAUUUUCAAUUACCACUAGAGGACCUUAAGAAGUUCGAAUGGUAUGAAAUUAGACUCGACACUGAUUACUUUAAACCUGAAGAAUCACACGACUAUGAUCUUAUGAUUGAUAAUAUGCCUAUCAUUUCAUUGACAACUUCAUGGGUGAAUCCCAACAGUUUGCAUAGCUUUCAUGUGGGAGAGAAGAUCAGACUCGUAGUUAAAGAAAUCAAGUAUCUCAAGUUUCCAAAGUUAGAAAACCACAGUUUUGAAAGUUGUGAUUUAGUAUCACAACAUUAUUGGGGAGAAUUUUUGAACAAUCAUGGUGACACCAUCAAGAAGUUAAGAUUACGUACGUUUAGCAGUGCAAAAUAUGAUUAUAAGCUUCUUAAAAGCUUAACUCAUGUUGAGUAUGUGGCUUAUACUCAUCUCAAUGGUGAAUUGAACUAUUUCCUGAAAAGAUUAGAAUCCAUAAAACUUUUAGGAGAUUUUGGCGCGUUGGGUUCAAUCUACAUGGAAGACAAAAACAAGUGGUCUGGUUCUAUACCUAAGAAGAAUAUACAAAUCGCAGUAGAAGACGAAAGUUUUGCUAAAGAGUAUCUCCGUGAGCAUUGGCUCCACGAACAUGGCAUUUUGAAUAUGGAACAAUUUGUCACUUUCCUUGCCUUUAAGCCAAAUUAUCUAUUCAAUAAGUAUUACACUAGUUAUGGAACAAGUGGUUUAUAUUUAAAUCAAUUGCCAUUUUUCAAUAGAGUGGUUAGAGAAUUAGGUAAAGAUGAAGCACGAGAGUUUAGUCGCUAUCGUUAUUUUUUACAUCAAAUGCCUCGUUCUUUUCAGUGA